UGCUAAGAUACAAGUGAAUCUCGCUCUCUUUCUCUCUCUUUCUCUCUCUCUCUCUGCGUUUAGGCACUUUCUUCUCUCGAUUCGAGCUUUUUUCUGAGGAUUCUCUCAUUUUCUUUGGUAUCUGAUAUUUUUGACUUUCACACCUGGCAACCAUGCGUGCACCAUCAAUUUUCGCUCAGUGCCUGCCAGGCCUGUUGCCCCAUGACAGAACAAAUCAUAGUAUUUCCUCCAUUGCUGAAGGGGAUUUCCAUCUUCCUUCACCUGCUGUUGAGAUCCUCCCUUCAAAGACUGCUCACCCAUACAAGUAUGCUGGGGAAAAUGUUGACUUGCAAGGACUCAACAUCUUCAAGGGAAGAAUUAGUGUUGCCGAUAUCAUUGGGUUCACCGGUUCAGAAGUGAUGUCAUCAAAAUCUGAAGGGUCACUGAAAUCUUGGGACAGUUCUAUUGACCUUGUCAAUGUCCUUAGGCAUGAAAUUCGUGAUGGGCAGUUGAGCUUUAGAGGCAAACGGAUUCUAGAGCUUGGUUGUAAUUACGGACUUCCUGGGAUAUUUGCUUGCCUGAAGGGGGCUUCUACAGUACAUUUUCAGGAUCUGAAUGCUGAGACCAUUAGGUGCACAACUAUGCCCAACGUCCUCGCCAACCUCCAGCAGGCUCGGGAUAGGCAGAGCCGGCAACCCGAGAGUCCCCUGACACCAUCUAGGCAUGCUGUAGCUCCUGAUGUCCAUUUCUAUGCUGGAGACUGGGAAGAACUCCACACAAUCUUGUCGGUGGUGCAGAAGGAUGAGCUUGAGAUAACUCCUGGGAUGAACCUGAGCUUCUCUGAGGAGGAUUUCAUGGAUGGCUGCAGUAGCCAGGACGGCAGCAUCAUUGGUCAUGAAUCGGCCUCAAGGAGGUCGAGGAAACUCUCCGGAAGCCGUGCAUGGGAGAGGGCAAGCGAGACAGACCUGGGAGAAGGUGGCUAUGAUGUGAUUCUGAUGGCUGAGAUGCCAUACUCGGUUACUUCCUUGAAAAAGCUAUAUUCACUCAUAAAGAAGUGCUUGCGGCCACCUUAUGGGAUACUGUACUUGGCUUCAAAGAAGCAUUAUGUCGGUUUCAAUGGCGGAGCACGGCAGCUGAGAGGUCUGGUAGACGAGGAAGGUGUUUUCGGUGCUCACAUGGUCACAGAGACAGCAGAAAGGGAGAUUUGGAAGUUCUUUCUCAAGUGAGAACAGCAACCAGCGGCAACUCGCUACCCCCCGAAAGAGACUAGCAUUCACCAUUCCCUUCUGUAUACUACUUGGUAUCUCAUUCUUCUUUUUUUUUUUUCCUUCUUUUUCCUUUUUUAGUCUGGUGAUAAGAUCAGAAUAGGAAGAUUAGUGUUGAGCUUGCUAUAAUUCUGCAGGCUGCUGUCUAUAAAAUUUCUUCUUCUUUCCCAUUGAUUUGUACACUUGAGGGUUUGACUCAAGUUUGAUUUAUUAAAUUUUGAAUUGUGUAUUUGUUGAUCAAUCAUAUAAUAAGAUUAAUGCAAGAUUUCAAUA